UCAUACAGAAGGCGCGGUGCGUAUUUUAAAUCUAAGAGGUCUUCGUAGAGAUAAGAAAGUCGUGGUGGUCGUCAGCGUCAGUAAUCAAAGGACGCUGAUAUCUCGGCUACUUAUUACAAAGUACAUUCUUUUGCUCUUCUUUUCCCAUUUUGUCUCCCGUCGAAUCUGUCUCUCCCCACUUGUUCACGAGGCAAGUUCAUAACCGACAUUAUUACAUGAAGUUAGUACGACGUUAGUUCCUAAUAAAGUCACAGCAUCAAGCGUUUUAUUUUCGAUAAGAUAAAUAAUAAGUGUUUUCGUUUUCACGAAAUACCAUAUUUUUCGAGCACUUUGUGAUCGGUCGAUGAUUGUUUUGAGAAAUUUUCAUCACGACUAUAUGAGGCUUGGAGCAUUGAAACAAGGUCGAAAGACGUGGUGGAUCGAAGAAGCUCAACCUAAAAUCAAAAUCUGCAACGAGGAAGUUUCGAUAAGCGUAAAAAGGAAACUGGCAGAAUUACUCUUCGACAGUUGUAAAGAUUGUAAAAGAAUGGCAGCUAUUCCGCAGGGUGCAUUUGCUGCGUGCAAAGUCCGCAAUAAUCUUGAACGCAAUGCUUUGAUAACAUCGAUGGAGGAGAAAGAAAAAGGGGGUAAAGAAAAUACAUUCAACAUGCGACCCCCAUUGGAAGGUUGGGAACUUACUCCACUAAAGUACAACAGUAAACUAAUGAAUAGCAUCUGGGGACUUUACAACCGUUAUUCGGUGCACAAUUUCAAGAAAAACAACUCUAAUGAAGGGGUGUUUGCAGCGUUCGUGGCGGUUUGGGAGGCUGUUACUCACAGCCAUACACCCGCCGUGAACUCGGUGACUGCAACCGCAGUCGCCAAAAAUAAUUCAUAAAUUAGAUAAAAGAGGGGAACACAAUGAUAUAAUCUCGUUUUUAUUGUAACAAAAACGUUUGUAUGCGUAAUGAAUUAGCCGUUGGUGAAUUAUUGCAAUAGUAUUACACAUUUUUUUUUUAUUAUAUUUUUUACUGUAUGCAGAUGUAUGGGAUUUUGGCAAGAAUUGGUCAAAUUUUAAUUCGAUGCAAUGGCAAAGAAAGCAAAGUAGACAUAUCUGUAUUCUGUGUUCUAUACGUAAUUUAAAACAAAUUGUUGUGAUAUUCAUUAAC